AUGAGCGCCACAAAAGUUAAAAGAAAGCGUUACCUGGAGCCGAAUGCGGACUCUGUCGUGCUGAAAACAACCUGGAACAGGAGAAAAGCACGACAAAGGGACAACGCGACACGCUUUGAACAACCGAGACUGUGUAGCGCAAAUGAAGCGUCUUCACAUACUUCAUCGCACAGUUUUCAGCGUGAGGCCGCGACGACUCUUCAUGCAGCUUUGGUGACUGCUGAGGUUAGAUCACCAACAACCCACGUGUCAAGUACGUAUCACGAAUCAGAACCUAACAGCGGCGAAGUGGACGUAGAUGUUGUGCAAAUCGAAGAGGCACAACGUGAAGCGAAUCACACCGGUAGCUAUGUAAGAGAUGAACGAAUAAACGACGAUCCGGAAGUAGAAGCGCUAGAGAGGGAUGAGACAAGACCAAGCGAGAGCGAACGAAUAAACGAUGAUGCGGAGGUAGAAGAUGAAGCACUGGAGGGGGAUAACGAAGAAGAGAUUGACGAAGCAGACCACGACAUCGCGAUAUUCAUGGAAAGGUACUCGAGGUUGACAUUACCUAACAGCACAACUACCAUCGUCCAGGCUGUACUCCUGAUCCUGGCAUACACAGUUUCAGCAGGCCUGUCGUGGACUCAAAUUGACGGCCUUCUAAAGCUUCUCAACGCUCUUCUUGGCGACAAUGUCUUGCCCAACUCGAAAUAUAUGUUCUGUAAACUUUGGUGCCACACCAAAGGCAAUACCCUAAAAUUUUAUUUCUUUUGUAAAACCUGUCAAAGCUACCUCGGAAUGUCGACCAAGCCACAAACUCCUGAAGAACACGACUGCUCCUGCUCUACAACAAGAUAUAAUACAAAGCAGUUGUUGCAAGAUGGAAACUUUUUUAUGAUAUUCAACCUAAAGGCACAGCUCAGACAUCUACUGAGGAAGUGUCAACGCCUCCUCCUGAAAAACCUUGAAACGAUAAGUGCUGCGACAUCGGGUGUCUACACGGACAUCACCAGCGGCACAUUGUACAAGAGGGUGCGCCAAGAACUUGGGUGCCAACUGCAUGACCUAACAGUCACAUUUUCUUCAGAUGGUUCACCCGUCUUUAAGUCUACCACAUCGUCACUGUGGCCUAUUCACAUGGUGCUCAAUGAGCUCCCUGCAGUGCCAAGGUGGCAGAAUGUAACUCUCGCUGGACUAUGGUUUUCUGCAAAACACCCGAACAUGUUCCUGUAUCUUAAAGCCUUUGUAGAUGAAUUCAACAGCAUCGGUGCACUCUCAUGGGUAAACCAAGUGGGGAACCGGAUCACAUCACGAGUUCAUGCAUUAUGUGUCGUUGUCGACUCACCUGCAAGGGCAGCGCUGCUUAAUAUGAAGCAGCUCAAUGGUUUCCAUGGGUGCCCAUGGUGCUACCACCCCGGUGUUCACACCAAAGGAAGCAUGAGGUACCCAUACAGGGAACAUGUACAGCAAAGGACGCACAAGGAAAUCGCACGUGACAUGAAGAAGGCAACACGGACUGGUCAGGUGGUGAAUGGGAUCAAGGGCCUUAGUCCUUUGAUAAAUCUGCAGGGUUUUGACUUUGCGUGGAGUGUUUGCCCUGACUAUAUGCACUGUGUACUUGAAGGAGUUGUGAAGCAAAUGACGGAAACAUGGCUCAGCGAUACCGACUCCGAAGCAUACAUUGGUAGGAAUGUGGAUGAAGUGGAUGCGAGACUGUCCAGAAUCCGGCCACCCAUCUCAUUUUCCCGCCUUCCUAGGUCUGUCAAUGAGCGUGCCUUAUGGAAGGCAAUAGAAUGGAGAUUUUGGUUAUUUUAUUACUGCCUUCCAUGUGUACAAGGCAUACUACCAAAUCGUUUUUUUCUGCACUUUGCAAGUCUGUGCCAUGCUGUUUUUCUUCUUGUCAAAAGCAGCAUUCGUGAUGAUGAAAUCAAUGAAGCUGCAAACCUUCUUAGGGACUUUUGUGCUAAAGUGAUACAGUUUUAUGGUGAGGGACACUGUACAUUUAAUGUGCACCAGUUACUCCAUCUACCAGAGGCAGUGCGCAAGCUGGGGCCCUUGUGGGCUACCUCAAUGUUCCCCUUUGAGGGGGCAAAUGGGGUUCUAUUGAAAAAGGUGACAGCAUCAAACUGUGUGCCAACACAGGUGGCAGAGAGGUGCCUGAUGGAACAAAUACUUGAUGCUAUGCAUGACACCACUGAACUGCCUGAAGCAUGGGUGCGGCUUUAUGAGCUGUUCAGAUGCAGCCAGAAGAAGUCUUCAGCUUCGUGUGUACUUGGGGCCCCACAAUUCCCAAGAAAUCUAACAGAUGCAAUUAAUCAAGUGUUUCUGAGAGACAUCGGCCAUGUGCCAAGCCUGCAAAGAUUUCUCCGAUCACGAGUUCGUGGCUACACAGUGCAUUCCAUAGAAUAUGAUCGGCCCAAAAAAACAUGUUCAAGGUUUAUUAAAAUGAAUAACGGCAUCUACUAUGAAGUUCAAAGAAUUUACAAGGUACAAGAGACGGAAGAAGUGUACCUUGUUGGCAAGGCAGGCCAUUGUCGAGCAUUGUAAUUUCGGUCAGGUGUCUCACAUUGUGACAUGCAUGCUUCCGCCUCAUGAAGAAGAGCUCUAUAUUUUGAAUGUGGAUUCUUUUGAUAGUGUGUGUGUGUUUUUCGACCUGGGGGAGACUUGCUAUCUGUGCGAUCUGCCCAACUGUUCUGAAAGAGAUUGAAGCCUGUGAUGUUUUUGCCUGUGUUACACCUAGUUGAAUAUCAUUCUGCAUUUGUGGAGUGCCUGAUUAAACGAUUAAUCAUGAAAGCUGAAUACUGCAUGCAUACAAGAAACAGCUCAAAGUGAAGUAAAAAUAGUUAGC